AUGGAGAAAUCGAAGAGUUUUCGGAUCGAAGCUCUGCUGGGGGAUCAGAAAGCUCCUCUUCAGGUGUUACCCCCCGGUGUGUACGGAGGGGUGUGGGCAGGAGUCCCGCUGUUCCCCGGGGUCGGUACCGACUCUCCUCAGCUGCACUACCCCGCUCUCCCUCACCUCAGUCCCGGAUACGAGCAGUGGAUCAGAGCCGCCGGUCUGCUGCUGCCCAGCCGACUGCAGCCGUACAGCAGCGCUGCUCCCCAGUCGGUGUUGAUGGGAAAAUGUCGGAGGCCACGCACGGCGUUCACAAGUCAGCAGCUGCUCGAGCUCGAGAACCAGUUCAAACUCAACAAGUACCUCUCACGGCCCAAACGCUUUGAAGUAGCAACGUCGCUAAUGCUAACAGAGACGCAGGUGAAGAUCUGGUUCCAGAACCGCAGGAUGAAAUGGAAACGAAGCCACAAAGCGAAGGAAGUGUCAGAAUCAGAGCGACAGCUGAGCGCAAACAAAUCGACCGAUGACGAUCCAGCGAUGAAGCCUCAUGGGACGGGGCUUGGAAAAGAAGAACUGGACGACGAAGAGUGCGAGGAUGACGACGAGGUGGCUGGAUGUGAGUUCGACCUCGGCACAAGACGGUCAGGGUUUUUUCAAAACGACACGAAGAUACGAUACGCCGCAGGCGGUGAUGUCUGGCAAUUAGGAGUCGAGGACAGAACAGCGGGGACAGAGUUAUGAGCAGGUGACCAAUCAGAGGAGAUGAUAGGCUUCUUUACUCUGGAUUUCAACAUCUUGACUAACUCUGGCGAACUCCAAGAUACUGCAAA